GAGAGAAGCAAAGGUGGAUGGAGAAAUGUAGAGUUUGUCUCAAGCACCAAUCUGGGUUUGAGACACAAACCCAGAUCAGUGCUUGAGACAAACCUAGAUCCUCGUCAACCGUUGUUCGAGCCUACAAUGAGCUAGAUCCCGAUGCAUGUUACUACCGGAGCCGGAGUUGACAGAGCUAGAUCCCGACACGAUCGAGCCUACAGUGAGCCUGUGACGGCACAUACCAGCCGUUGCUGCUGCAGAGCCGUGCGGGGGCCAUGACGCCAGGCUUCAAGCUCUUCUUCACAACAGUAUCCGUUGAUUCAGAGGAGAAAUGGCGAGUGAGGAGAGAAGCAGAGGUGGAUGGAGAAAUGUAGAGUUUGUCUCAAGCCCCGAUCUGGGUUUGAGACAAACCCAGAUCUGUGUUUGUUUUGGAGAGGAAGAAAAAUCGAUAAGAGAGAGAAAAAGAAUAAGAAAGAAGAUGAAUUUUUUUUUUCUUUAGGUUGACCCUUCUUUUUUAUAUGUUUCUUGGCUUUGUUUUGCUACAACUGAUAGAACGCCUGAAAAGAACACUUAAGGAGCAAAGGUGGCAGAGAAGAAGCUGCAAAAACCAGGCCUUUCUGGAAAUCAGAUACCUUCCUUCUUGUGAUACCUGAAUGCGAUAGCUUUGGCUUUGAGUGAUGAAAGACAACAUGGAUGAUGGGGAGGUGGAGCUCUCAGAUCAUGUUAUGUUAUCAAAUCCAGAUUCAUCUAGCAAUUUCCAGGAUAUAACAUCCGUAGAUUUGUUUCUUGAUGAAUUUUUUAAGAAUGCCAGAACAUGUACUCACACACACACUUGCAACCCACCUGGCCCUGAUGCGGUUCAUACACAUACAUGCUACCACACACACACCCAAGUAAUUGCUUCUGAAGAUGAUGAUCACCCGAAUGUCAAAAACCACUCUAGUUUGAAACCAAGAAGGCCUUCAGGAAACAGAGAAGCUGUUCGAAAGUAUAGGGAAAAAAAGAAGGCACAUACUGCUUACUUAGAGGAGGAAGUGAAGAAGUUGCGCAUGCUGAAUCAGCAACUAGUCAAGAGAUUACAAGGGCAGGCAGCACUUGAAUCAGAGGUUUUACGGCUAAGAACCCUUCUGGUAGACCUUAGAGCAAAGAUUGAUGGUGAGUUGUGUGUUUUCCCCUUUCAAAAGCAGUGUAACACCACUACUAUUUUCAAAGAGGGCGAUUGUGCAUCACAGCCUACUGGUGCGCCAAUAGGUCUACACUGUCAGACUGAUUUGCCAUGCUUCCAUCCGCAAGCAGGAUUGUCACCCCAGUCCAAUGUUGGUGGAAGUAGGGAAAUAAUGGUAUCCUGGGAAGGAAACUGUCAGGCUACAACCAUAAAUUGUCAUACUAACAGAAAUGAGAUGGCAAGUGCUGAAGGCCACACCGUGCAUGCAGUGGAAACGCCGGUGUUGCCUGCAUCACUAGCUGAAUAACUAUAAAGAGAGAGCCAACUCGUAAGUCUCCGAACCCUUUGAUCUUCCUGCAAUAGAAAAAUGUCCAGUUUAAGUAACUUUGCGAGCAUAAAAAGUAGAUGUCAUGAUCUAAGACUCUAGGCUAUAGGUAUAGUUAUAAGAAGUACUUAACAGGUUGAUUGCCAAUGUAAAUUUCCUGCAAUAUACAACUUUAAACAAAUAGAACCAUGUUAUCAACAAUGUAACAAGUUAUUUUGAUAUCUCUAAGCAGCAUGUAAAUUUA